AUGACUGAUUCAGAUAUGGAAAUACCGUCAAGGGUGAAUACAACUGAAAAUGACAGAAGACAAUCUACUUCUUCAUCAGUGUUUAGAACGCCCCUGCGGAGAAGCAGAAGUGGUGAAACAUCUUCUUUGAAAUCAACGCCUGCUGAUCCGCAAUUGACAGAAACAAAUGGCCAAAGCACCUCGCUACGAAAGUAUGAGGAAUGCUCCGAUAAGCGUAGUACGAAAGAACAUCUUUCAAAUAUUAUGAUACAGGACCAAUCUUCCUUUGAUUCUCAGGCACAAUCUCAAUCAAAUAGCUUCUUUAAAGAUAUGGUAAGCACUUUCAGUUCGAGUAAUAACUCUGUGACUGAGCCAGAAAUAUUAGCACACAGAAGGGAGAAUUCUGGUACCAUCACGGUGUCGAAAUUAAGACCGAAAAGUGAACUUCCAGUAGGGAAGCCUUCUUUACCACUUUCAGAGCUGGAUUUGUACGACUCCAAGCUGUAUGUCAAUGAGUUCUACGCUGACACACAUUACAGAUUUGCAAGUGAUAAAAGGAAUAAUGAUUUCCAUCAACUGUUCCCUAAAGUUCCAGCAAGUGAACGUCUUUUAGACGACUUCAGUUCUGCAUUGAAUAGAGAGUUUUUGAUUCAGGGGCGUGUUUACAUUACCCCCAUGCGUGUAUGCUUUAAUUCAAAUCUUUUGGGCUGGGUUACGUCAUUAGAAAUUGAUAUUAAGGAUAUUGUAAGCUUAGAGAAAACAUCAACCGCAGGGUUAUUUCCCAAUGGAAUAUGUAUCCACUUGCCCACCGAAAAGCAUUAUUUCGCAAGCUUCAUCUCCAGAGAUACGACUUUUAAGUUCUUGGAAAUAAUAUGGCAUACUAGAAAGGAGUUAGAUUAUCUUACUUUGAGACCUGACCAACUCUCCCUGAACCGAAGUCACUCACUCAAUGACUUCUUAACUGGUACCAACAGCACAUGCCCUCCCAGCCGAUCAUCAUUUGCAGAAGCGGACAGUGCUAUCGAAAGUGCAAUAAUGUCAGUUGACGAUUCAUACCCUACAAACAAAUCGUUAUCUAACCUGCAUGAGGAAGACGGCGACUCUGCUGGAGAAGAUGAGUCAGGAGACGAGGAUGAUUACGAAGAGGAAGAUGACGACGCUGAGGGAGAGAAACUCACCAGUGGAGACGAUUAUUAUUACGAUGAAGAGGCGAUUGCCAGUGAUUAUGAGGAAAAAUCUGUUCGUCGCGUUUACAAAUUGAAGAAGAAAUCCAAAUUUCAUUAUGAUGGGCCUUAUUACUUCAAGGCUACCGAAUUCAUGUACAAUCCGGAGGAAAACAAAGAGACUGUUCUUGCAGAAUUAGAAUUAAAUGCUCCUCCAGGUCUAGUUUACCAACUUAUGUUCAGCGAGGAAUGCCCAGAUCUCAUCUUGGAAUUCUUGAAAGCGCAAAAUUCAAGUCAAUGUUCCGAUAUACCUCCUUUUGACCAAGUUAACCCCGAAGGACAGCACUAUCGUAAAUAUACCUAUGCUAAAGCCUUGAACUUUCCUGUUGGGCCAAAAUCAACAAAAUGUUUGGUAUCAGAACAUAUAUUAUACUGUGCAUAUGACAACUAUAUCAACAUAGUAAACACUACUAAGACACCAGAUGUACCAAGCGGUAAUAGCUUUAGCGUCAAAACGAGAUACAUGUAUCGCUGGAAGGACAAUACUAGUUGUGUAUUAAAAAUUUCCUACUGGGUGGAUUGGACUGGGAGUAGUUGGAUCAAAUCUAUGAUUGAUAAUAGUGUAAACUCUGGUCAGGUAGAAGCAACUGAAAAACUUCUCACAAUAGUCGAAGAAUUUGUGAAGAAUAACGUGGAGGAGUCAGAAAUGAAAGUCAACAUCCAACCAAGAAAAAGCCUGCCUCAAAGUAGACGUGUUAGCAAAAUAUCAAAAAAAUCAUCUAAGCUUGCUGUCCAACAACCUUCAACUCCUAGCAAUUUAGAGAACAAGGUACACGCAGCAUUAACAAAAGAGAAUAUAAUACUUUCUCUUUUGUUUAUAAUUACAUUGAUUAUGAUGUUCAACACACUAUGUCAAGUGAGGAUACUAAGAAAGCUCAACAAGUUGAUGAACACGAAUAGUGCUUCCGUGAUUGAGGAGAUUAAAGAUAUACUCAAUGUUUACAACGAACUUCCAAUGUCCAACGAGGAAUGA